UGCGUUCGCGGAGCUGUCCACUCCUCCGUGGUGCUGAAAAGGAGGAUAACAGUGUACACUCAGGACCCAGGAACAUUUUCUCUCUCCGAACGGAAUACGUCCAUCUGGCUGCUCACUUCGCUUACGGAUUUCUGCACGACAAGGACUUUGUGGUGAAAAAGGAAACAGGGUUUACACACACACACAGGCGCACACACACACGCACACGCACACACACAUAUAUACUAACGCAUCCCGCAUCAGCUGCACACUCUUUUUUCCCUUGUGAUUUCAUUCGAUGACCUGCAUUUGGACACAAAGGAAAGAGCCAAUGCGAGGCUCUGGAAGUCCUUGGAUGGCCAUCCUGCUGUUCAGCAGCGUCCUGGCUGCAGAGGCUCGCCCCAGCACGGAUACACUCACUCCUCUGGUCUAUCGACCGUUUGUUAGAUUCCGACACAAGCAGGAUGGGAUACCAGAGAGUUUGCGAAAUAAGGGCUUGUAUGGUCAUAACAGCUUCCCCAACGCCUGUGAGCAUAAGUACUGUGGUCUGGGGAAGCACUGUGUGGUGGACCAUACAACCGGUCAGGGAGAGUGCCAGUGUCUGGAGCACUGCAAGCCGCACUACAAACCUGUAUGUGGAUCUAAUGGGAAACUCUACCAGAACCAUUGUGAGCUGCACAGAGCCUCGUGUCUGGCCCGUCAAAGAAUCACCAUUGUACACAGUGAAGAAUGCUUCUACAAAGAUGAUAACUGUCGUCUUGUCGAUUACAAGAAACUGAAGACCAAGGUGCUCAACCUUCAUGCUCUUCGCUUCCUACCACCAGGAGCCCAGAACAGCUAUGAGACGAACAUGGUGUCCAGGAAGCAUGUAGUGGACCUGAUGUUUAAACGCUUUGAUGCUGAUGGGAGCGGACAAGUCGACAGCAGCGAGCUUUCACAGGUCAUUAAACAAGAAGGUUUGAGAAACACGGCGUCCGAGUGCACGCUUUUCGACCUGCUCAAAUACAACGAUAUGGACGAUGACGAGCACCUGACAAAGGAUGAGUUCUACUCUGCAUUCGAUGUGUAUGAGCUGAGCCUCGGCGAGGAGCAGAAGAUGAUCGUCACCACGGUCACCGUGGGUCAAAGCGUCGUCCUGACGUGUGCCAUCACGGGCGAGAGGCGACCGCCAAUCAUUUGGAGACGCAAUAACCACACGCUCAACUCACUACAGCUAGAGGAUAUCAGUAUCCCUCCACAGGAUUUUGGUGAUGACGGAAGUCUGUACAUCACCAAGGUGACCACCACUCACAUGGGGAACUACACCUGCCAUGCUGACGGAUAUGAACAGCUUUUCCAGACUCACACCUUGCAGGUGAAUGUUCCUCCUGUUAUCAGGGUGUAUCCUGAGAGUCAGGCACGUGAACCUGGAGUCACGGCCAGUCUCAGGUGUCAUGCUGAGGGGAUUCCUGAUCCGCAGCUGUCCUGGCUGAAGAAUGGCAUGGACAUUUCGACUAAACUCUCCAAACAGCUCACACUACAAGCUAAUGGGAGUGAAGUGCACAUCAGUAACGUUCACUUCGAGGACACGGGAGCGUACACCUGCAUCGCCCGGAACGAUGCCGGCGUGGAUGAGGACAUCUCCUCUCUGUUUGUUGAAGAUUCUGCACGCAAGUCAUUGGCAAACAUUCUGUGGCGAGAAGAAGGUCUGGGGAUUGGGAACAUGUUUUAUGUUUUUUAUGAGGACGGCAUCAAAGUGAUCCAACCAGUGGCCUGUGAGAUCCAGAGGCACAUCAAACCCAGUGAGAAGCUCCUCAGCCUGCAGGAGGAAGUUUGCCCAAAAAUAGAUGGAGACAACGUUCAGAAGUGUGUCUGGGCUUCAGGAGUUAAUGUCAAGGAUAGGUUUAUUUACGUCACCCAGCCAAUGCUGGACAGAGUGCUCAUUGUGGAUAUCCAAACCCAAAAGGCUGUUCAGACUGUAAGCACAGACCGAGUCCCAGUGAAGCUCCAUUACGAUAAAUCACAUGACCAAGUGUGGGUUCUAAGUUGGGGGGAUCUGGAGAAGAACUUCCCAACACUUCAGGUGAUCAAGCAGGCCAGUGGUGGUACGUCCCAUCACACCAUCCACACACCACCGGUGGGCCACCGCUUUGACCGAGUCGAUGACUUCUUCAUCCCUCCAUCAAGCCUCAUCAUUAACCAUAUCAGGUUUGGAAUGAUCCUCCAUAAAAAGGAGCCAGCACUGCAUAAGAUAGAUCUGGAGACCACGUCUUAUGUGAAGAACAUCAGCUUGCAGGAGUAUGACUGCAUUCCACAAUCUCUGGCCUACACCCACUUGGGGGGUUAUUACUUUAUCAACUGCCAUCCAGAUUCAACCGGUGCAGUGCGUCCUCAGCUUAUCAUCGACAGUGUAACAGACAAUGUAAUCGGGCCUAACAGUGAUGUAAGCGGUACUCCCUACGUUUCACCCGAUGGUCACUACCUAGUAAGCGUGGACGACCAGAAUGGUAUGUUGCGAUUGCAGUCAAUUUCAGUGCGUGGCGAAAUCGGGCGACCAUUUGACAUCCACACCAACUUGCACCUCUCAGACCUGGCCUUUAUGCCCUCGUUCACCGAGAUCCACCAGUACAACGUUUUUGGUAGCUCGGGGCAGCAAACAGAUGCCCUGUAUGUCGAACUGAGCACUGGCAAUGUCAAAAUGAUUAAGAGCCUCAAGCUGCCCACACCGUGGAGUCAGUGGCGCUGGAACCGCAAGAACCGCGUCAUGACCUCGAGCGGCCUUUUCGGACAGUACCUCAUGACCCCUUCCCAGAGUUCACUAUUCAUUCUGGAUGGAUGGCUGGACAAGCUCAACUGCGAAAUCACUGAUGUGCCCAAGGGGAACACUGUGGUGUGGGUGGGGGAGGCCUAGGCCAUGGAAAAAGGCUUGUUUGUCGAAACCAACAAAUACAAUUGCACUGAAUUUGGUCUGUGUUUAAUUUAUUGAGCGAGAUUACUCAAGUAAUAUGAAAAAUUACCAAAUUGACUGUUCUAAAAAACACUGUAUCAGAUAAGGAAACUUUAUUUAAAAGUAGAGUGGCAUAUGCUUGUUUUUGUACGCACUGGGUACGUGAAAUAGCUCACUAUUAGUUACUCUUUGAUUAGAUCCAAUUAGCCCUAGCAGCGAAAGAAAUGUAUUACGAGAGCAUUUCGUUUUCAGACACUAAAAUAGCUAAUACAUAAAUAUUCCAGCUAAUUAAAUUUGAAUUAGUGAAAAAUCAUUAUAUUUCUUGGAAAAAAUAUAUAUACUUAGAGGCAAAUGUAUGUUUAUUUGUAACACUGAUACUAUUUUCCCCUCCUUCCUUAAAACACAACCACGUGAAUGUUGGGCCCACGAUAUAUUUCCUGUGCCUUGAAGGACCAUUCAUGCAAAUAGAAUGUUUUUGUUUUGUUUUGUUUUGUUUUUUAAGUAAUGGUGCCCUUUUAAACAAUAGAUAACAGCCUCUGUAAAUUUGAUACCUAGUGGCAAAAAAAGGUAAUACUUACAUUUCAAACCUUUAAACCCCUCAUCAUUUUUAUAAAAUAAAAAAGGCCACUCGCUUCGAGACAUCAAACCAUAAGACGUCUAUUAUAAAAUCAGAACAGCAGAUUUAAAUCUCGAAAUUAGCAUUUUGGACAUCACAGAGACUCGGGUGAAGAGUGCGCAGGUUCAGGUUUAAAGCUAUAUUGUAGGCAAUUUUGGAUUUUACAAAGAAAAUCCAUUAAUUCUGGUGGAUUGUUUGUUUAGAUUAUUCAUGAUCCUCAAGGAUGAUUAUUUCUUUGCAGAAUGUAACACAUUCGCUGAGUUUAGGGACAGGGCAAGAGACCGCUGUUGUUUUACAAACCGGGGCUAUAGAGUUGGCUUUAAAAUUAAUUCUACAGUGUGUAAAUUGGUGUAGUGUGUUCGGUUAGACGAGCUUCGUACGUCAGGGUGCAUCUAAAGUAAGUGGAGAUUUAACCGAUUCAACAGAUCCUUGAGAUAAACCUCCGUAGUGUAGUGAACAGGAAGCAUAAAGACGUGUGCACGUGAUUGUUGAAUUAUCUCCUAGAUGGCCAGAGUCUAUGCAUUUUCACUGACACUCAAACCAGGAGGCUGUGCUUGGCUUGAGCUUUGGUCACUUUGUUGCAUUAAUUCUAUAUGUGCUUGAAUAACUGGACUUUUAUUAUUAUUAUUAUUAUUAUUACUAUUAUUAUUAUUAGUUUCCCUGUGUAUUUAAACUUAAAUAUUGUUUUGCCAAAUUUGGUUUAAGGGCAUUUUGACACUUUGGGCUUUUUUGAAGAAUUUCUUUCCAUCCAUAGGUCAGUUGUGCAGUUCCAUCCAUCACCUUUGCAAAACGGUAGUGGCAAGUUUGUAUCUGGACUUGUUUUUGCAUGUGGUCGGGCAGGAAUACCUGCAAACAGGGAGCCAUUUCCAUAGCAACUGUACUGUAACUCCCUUCUCGCAGACAUCCCCGAACUUUAAACAGAAAGAAAUGCAUCAGUAAGCUUUGAAGUAGAAAGGGGUAACCUUCCAUACCCGAUGUGAAUCAUCCCUUUUUUUUUUUCUUUUUUUUUUUUUUUUCAUUUUUAUCAUGACCAGGGAUUGGCUCUCCAUUUCAAAUACGGCUUUCAGAGUUCACCAAAAAUGCAAGUGUAAAAACAACCUAAAAUACUAUUUCUGGCCCCUAUGUUAACCUUUUUUAUUAUGAUUUUUUUUUUUAUUGUACACCAAGAGAUUGCUCUCUGUGGCUUUUGAUUUCUGUACAUAGCAGAAAGGUGUAUGUGCUGUGGUUUUCCCUCAUAAAAGUCAUCCUCAUAACUAUUUCAGAUUUCUGACCUCCCCACUUCACUAUUUUGUAAAACUGCAUUGUUCUAUGUUACACCGAUGUACACUGAGUGCAUUUUCCGAUGUCUGAUCCAGACCUUUCAGCGCCAUGUAGCCACGUAUAUUGAUUUUUUUGUGCUUGUUAUUUAUGUAGAUAAACCACGCUUGACAUUUGACCAGCUGAAUAAAGCCUAUAACUUUAAAAAAA